UUAACAUAAUUAAUAUUUUACAUGACAGGCUUGUUUUGGCUUAAUUGCCAUUAUAAAGCACCCUACAAAAAUAAGAUUAUCUAUAUGUAAAUCGUGGCUGUUCAAUAUUGAUAUUUGCUUUGCUACUUUCAUCUAUUUGGAAGCUAUGACCAUACUGCAUCUGUAGUAAAUUUUAUCUGUCAAGCAGCAGUAUGUAAAAUUUAUGUAAUACAUCUUCUCUUAACCAGUGCUCAUUCAGAACACAACAGAGAAGAAUCAAUCUGAAAUGACCAUUUCCAGUUCUAUUCACUUUUUGCAUGGUGACCGAACAUUCUGGUAAAAUAGCAUAAAAUCAUUUUUCUGGAUUGCUUUGUUGAGAAUUUAUUACUACUUUGCUUUCAGAUUCCUGUUUCUCAUUAAACCUUUCUACUCGCUGGUCUGAUCUAUCAUCUUUUCUAUUUUUUAAAAUUAUCACCACAUUAACUAAAAAUCCAUUUGGAUUUUUUUAAUUUAUUUUUUUAAACACAGCUGUCAAUAUUUUCUGCAAUCUUUAGAGCCUAACUACCCAAGUGAAAUUUGUCUGGUUUUAAGUUAUUACUGGUAAUGCAUUUAUUAUGAUUUAGAAAUACUGCCCCUAAAGUGUCACCUGAUAUAGCACAUAGUCAAUUAUCCUGUAUGUAUAGAUAUUGCUCACUGAUUUGAUGUGCAUAACUGCACUUAUUACCGUCUUGAAUUCGCAAUGGAUGUUCUCGGCUUUUCUAAUUGCAUUUCUUGUUUCGUUUAUGGCGUCGUUUUCACUCUGCUAGGAAGAGAAUUCGUCCCCAAAUUCGCAAAGAAACCUCUAUAAUUUUCUUUGCAGACAUUGGAACCUCCUUUGAGGUUUGUUUGGUACUUCAAACGUUUUUCAAGUGUUUAUUCAUCUGAUGCAUCCUAAUGCUAUGUAGAACAUGGGUUUAACAGUUUGGGGCAUCGAUAUUUUUCGGAAUAGAAUUGCCAGUUUAAAGGAAUUCGUUUUGUUACACUCAGUUCUGUUCAUGAGCAUAGGUUUUACUUACAUUUCUUACAUUAAUCUGUUUGUACAUGUCUGUCAAUUUCACGUGUUCUGUAUAUAUCUGUCGAAUCCUUUUUCACUUAAUUUUGAUCAUUUCUCUCACUUUGUAUUGUCUUUUGAGAAUGAGUGACGUUGUGUGCAUAUUUAACAGCUUGAGAAUACGAUCACUUUUCACAAGGAAGUUUCUCCUUUCCUUCUGUCAAUGAUAGAAAUCCUAUCUUUAGAGUUUCCAUGUCACUGUUAUGUUGCUUUAUAAUUUGGACUUUCGAGUUCACAGUUUUUAUCAGAUCCACUUUUUCUUCAGGUACACAAACACGACAAGACCACGGAAAAUUGUCAUUUAUAAAUUUUAGAUUAGCUUGCUGGCAUCUUUCAUGCCACCUGAAGUUAAAUGUUACGCUGGUGAUGACUUUCAGAAAACAUUUUUCACAUGCUGAAGUAUCGUCGACUGGCUCUUCUCUGGAUAUCGAAGUGUUACUUCACUGAUGUGUUGGCACCAUCCUUCAGCUGCUAUUCCAGAAAGCCCAGUAAAUUAUCUGGUAUAUCUGUGACAGUGUCUCCUACAUUACUUGAAUAUCUUUGUUUCAUAUUUCAUAGCCCUACUUUUUUCUUGUGAUAAUUUUUCCUUGUCUUUAUUUCUACUACAAUUUAGACUUAGUUCAUUUGUUUAAUCGCUUUCUCUGCCCAUCCUAAAACAACCUUGGUUUGUGUGCAGGAUGAGCAGAAGCAGUGUAGAAAGCUUGUAAGGAUGUUGUAGGGGAAGCUGUGCUGAGAAAUAAAUAGUAAGGAAAAAAUCGAUACUUUGCGUCAUUUCCCAGUUAUUUAACAUUGAAGUUAGCCAAUGAGAUCGUCACGCGCCCAAAUUCAAGCAGCCUGCCAGAGACAGUGCUGCCAAACUUGACCUUCGUUUGGUUUCCUCAAAGCGAAAACACUUAGUUUUUGCUCAUGUAGCUUAAAUUUAUGUCUUCCAAAAAAGGCGUAUUUUAACUGAUAAUGAACAUUUCAACAAUGUAUCUCCCAGAUUAACAGGUAAUUAUGUCUUGAAGCAUUUUAACGUGUAAAAGUGCUUGAAUUUGCGCGCGCAACGACCUGAUUAGCUAACUUCAGUGCUAAGUAACACUGAAAUUGCACAACGUAUGGAAUGUUUUUCUUAACAAUUAUUUCUCACCACACUCGUCCCUGCAACACCCUCCCGAUCUUUUCAGACUGUUUCUGACCAACCAGUAUUGCGGGACUUACAGCACAGUGAGUUUAGCCAUCAACGUUACAUGGUGACGUCGUGGCAUACGUCAGUAACACCGGAACGAUAUUCUGGCCUUAACUUGAAGCAGUACAGCGGAAGGCGGGAGCUAUGUUAGCUGAAACCAAAGUGCAAGAGAUGACUGUCCUGUGAUUGUAAAAGACAGGGGCAAUCUAAAUCUAUCUGAAGGAAAAGAUUCGAUCUGUAGAAGUGUUUCUAGUUGUUGUCGAACGUCUUUUAAGCACUGUAGCAACAUAUAUCUCAGAGAGUUGAAAAUGAGUGACCAGGGAAGUGUAAACGACACAGACAUUGAAGCUGAUUUGGAUGAGAUGGCAUCAGAUUCUGCUCGUGUACACGACGAGUCAGUUGAUGAGAUGCACACAGCGGCCAAUUCAUCUGGGGCACAUGUUCCCAUUGUAACACGCCAGCCUUCCCAUAUCAGUGAAAUGCUGGAGGACCUGCCAUUGGGCUAUCGAGACUCGUCACUUGUGCAGGGAGAAGAGGUAGCUGUGGAGAUAUGGCCGCCCAGUGUCACAGAGCACUCAGGACUGGAGCAGCUUCUCUCACCCUGUGACACCAGCAGACCAUCACAUGUGUAUUUCAAUGACUGUGAUAAUGACAUUUCAUAUAAUGAUGGUGACAAUCACAGUGAUACUGAUAAUUGUGACUGUACUGAUAUUGACAUCAAUGAAAGCAAUAUUUGUUUAUUUCAUUUCCACGAUUUUUAUAUUGGUAACUAUAACAGAAAUAACGAAACAUUAUCAGUUAUUGACAUAGGGAAUUAUUCAUUUUUUAGUUAUAACAUUCAUGACCAAAACUUUUGGUUUCUUAGGUAUAGUGGCUCAAACAGUAUCCCAUCAUUGCUACCAACAGUUCAUGAUAUUGUAUUUAAUAUAUUUUAUAUGUGUAGAGACACUGAUAAUAGCGAUUAUACUAAUACUGUCGUCAAUGAAAAUGUUUGUUUACUUCAUUUCCGUGAUUUUUAUAUUGGUAGCUAUAACAGAAAUAAUCAAAUAUUAUCAAUUCUUGACAUAGGCAACUAUUCAUUUUUUAGUUAUAACUUUCGUAACCGAAAUUUUCAUUUUGUUAGGUAUAAUGGCUCAAACAGUAUUUUGCCAUUGUUAUCAAUAAUACGUGAUAUUGUAUUUAGUAUAUUUUAUAUAUAUCACGACAAUACUAAUAUUGGCACCAAUGGAAACAAUAUUUGUUUACUAAAUUUUCAAGAUUUUCGUAUCGGUAACUAUAACAGUAAUAAUGAAACAUUAUCAGUUUUUGACAUAGGCAACUAUUCAUUUUUUAGUUAUAACUUUCGUAACCGAAAUUUUCAUUUUGUUAGGUAUAAUGGCUCAAACAGUAUUUUGCCAUUGUUAUCAAUAAUACGUGAUAUUGUAUUUAGUAUAUUUUAUAUAUAUCACGAUAAUACUAAUAUUGCCACCAAUGGAAACAAUAUUUGUUUACUAAAUUUUCAAGAUUUUCGUAUCGGUAACUAUAACAGUAAUAAUGAAACAUUAUCAUUCCUUGACACAGGCAAUUAUUCAUUUUUUAGUUAUAAUAUUCAUAAUCGAAAUUUUGGUUUCAUUAGGUUUAAUGGGUCAUACAGUAUAUCUUCAUUGUUGUCAACAGAAUUCGAUAUUGUAUUUAAUAGAUUUGGUAUGUAUAUUACUUACAUAUGUUACAAUGAAAUCAAUAUUAUGUUAGUGUUACAGUUAGUAUUGCUAUUGUAUAUUUUAUAUAUAAUCCAUAUGCACUAUUAAACUGAAAAUAAAGCGAUUUUUUGUUAUAAUGUUCGUAACCGAAAUCUAGGUUUUGUUAGGUUUGAUGGUUCAUACAGUAUCUCUUCUUUGUUGUCAAUAGAAUUCGAUAUUGUAUUUAAUAGAUCAGGUAUGUAUAUUUCUUAUAUAUGUAAUAAUGAAAUCAAUAUUAUGUUAGUAUUGCUAUUGUAUAUUUUAUAAAUAAUCCAUAUGCACUAUUAAAAUGAAAAUAAAACGAU